AUGUAUGACGAUUACCAUAUGAAUGUCUUCGUUGAUUGGAAGCUAUCAAUUAAAUUACUGUUGCCAUUAUGGGAUUUUGAUUAUAUUAUAUUAUUAAAUGUAUAUUUUUGGGUUUUUAUCAGCAGUCAGAUUGCUUAUCCCAAACGCGAAUUUGUACAGAGCAGAUUUCCCAGUGACGGACUGAAAAGGCACUACCGCUUAUCGGACCAACCGAAGGAAGUCUCUACCAGCACAACACAGCGGCCUUUCUUUCGGGUCUGGAAUAGCUUUUUACGAAGCGUUCAGCCAAAUUUCGGUUUCCGCAAUUUGACCAAUCCUCUGGCCAACUUGUUUACGAAUGGCGCAACCAACAUAAUUGAAACGGCACCCGUGCAAGCUGAGAUGUACACUGAUGACCAACAGGCAGAUGAGGUGCAGCAAUCGUCUACUGCUGCAGCGCAGAGUGCCAAAAAACGUAAGCGUAAGCGCCGUAAGCAGCAAAAGCGUCGACCGAUGUAUGACUCACAGGAGAAGGAGGAGCAUCCGUAUGACUACUACGGAUCCACAUUGCAUCAGCCUAUGUACUACUAUGGCCCUAAUGACUACUAUGGCAUGCGUCGCUUGCAAACGUUUUCGGACAUUGCUGCUCAGCCUAAUUACUAUGAUCAGUUCUACAAAGAUAGUUCAGUGGAAGGUGAUGUGCCGCAGUAUACGACUGAGGAGAACGAGAGCUUUGGUAAACCUAGUACCAAACGCUUUGCUAUAGUGCGACCUGUCACUUUGGCGAUUCAGCUGCCAAAUGGCGAUUCUUCGGGUGCAAGCACACUGGAUGUAAUGCCUGACGACAGCGUAACCAAUGAAAACGUCGAUGAAAGUAUUUCAAGCGUCGGCACUGAUACCGAAGGCAACGUUGAUUCCGAAUCAAGUGCUGCAUCGAAUGACGAUCAAAUGCCGCUCUCUGAGAGCGUGCGCAAUGCAUUCGGCACGUAUAUGCGCGACGAUCGUGAGAGUCGUAAACGUCAACGCCAAUCCGAACAGAAAGAUAUGGGUGAGCCAGCUAAAUGGAAACCACGCAAGCAGCUACGUUACGUAUUAGCUGCACGCCUGGUAAAGAACCACUAAUAAAAUA